AUGGUAAACUUGCCUUACAUUGAGAACCCCCCACGCAAACGCCGGAGGCCUGCUGUAGCAAUUAGUUGCGUUGAAUGUCGCCGACGGAAGGUCAAGUGUGACCGUGCUAAGCCUUGUGGCCCCUGUUAUCAAUCUGCCUUGACAUGUUACUAUCGCCCGCCAUCCUUCUCGCAAAGCGGCCCUGCUCCCGCGCCCGCUCCCGCGCCCGCACAACAACCACUUCACAGCUCAUUCCAGGGUACCAACCUGGCGGGAUCUGUUAGUCUGCCGAUGGAUCAGAGGACUUCUCCAAGCUCUGGAUUCAGUGACGAAUCAAGGCCAAAGAGCGCUAUUCAAGUCGAUACACACCGGUCAUCAUCCAGUACGCUCAACAAGAUGAUGGACAGCAUUUUAUUUCAGUAUCUCCACCAGCAGAUUCGUCUGCGACGGGUUGCGCGAAACACUUCAAAGAGCAUACAAUUGCCGGCGUAUGUUGACAAUUCUAGACCAAGUAUCCAGUUUGCUAACGUCUUAAAGCUCGACCGAUUAGGACUAUUCAGCUCCAUGAACGGUCAAAUGACUGAUCCAACUGGAGAAUUUGCAGAAGUCCGGGGUAUGCUAGAGAAGUGUUACCACUAUGCACGUGGCAUCCAAUCUAUGCGCUCAUCCAAGCGAGCACGACUUUCUUCCCUUAUAGAUGGACCUAUCAAACUGCCCCGACGCAGCACUUGUGACAAACUCAUGCAAAACUAUCUCCGCACGUUUGAGUCUACGAUUCGCAUACUUCACAUUCCUUCGUUCAAAGCGGAAUAUGAGUCUUACUGGAUCAACCCUUGGGGAGUGUCGGAUGUGUUUUUGCGCAAGCUGAUUCUGGUACUGGCCAUUGGCACUUGUUUUAUUGGCUACAGCGACGCGUACGAUCCUCAGCUCCGGUCUAUGGCUUCGACAUGGACAUACGACGCUCAGGCAUGGUUGAUGAGGGCUUUUGACGUACGAGGAGUAGACCUGGACAUGCUGGAAGUAUCUUGUUUAUUAAUAACUGCGCGCAAAACAGAUUUGGUAACUUCACAGUUGGACUGGAUUUCGGUAGACUUCCCGCUGAGAAUGGCACUGAGACUACAACUGCAUAAGGAACCCAGUAUUCAUUUCCCUCACCUAUCGCAACUAGAAGCCGAGAGAAGGAGGCGACUAUGGGCGGCCGUGUUGGAGAACUGUUUGCAAUCAUCACUCGAUUCGGGCAUUCCGAUGUCGAUUUCGAACGACGCAUUUGAUUGUCUGCCACCCGGGAACUUCAACGACGUCGAUCUCCUCGAGGAAGGUCAUACAGAGCCUGCAACUGAAACGAGCGGCUUCACUGAGAGUACAAUGUCCAAUUUUUUGAUGAAAACAAUGCGUUUGAGGAUGCGUAUUGCGCAGUUUCUGAGUAGCUUGCAGCCAGAACUGAGUUAUCAUGAGGCACUGAAGCUUAGUGCUGAUCUUGAGGCUCUCUGCCGGUCCCAGGAGAAGGACCUUCAACUCUUUACGACAAGAGCUGCGCCAGGUAGCGCAGUGCCGUCUGACUUUCAGAAGAAGCUACACAGCAGUCUUAUUCGGCGUUGCCUCUUGGCUCUUCAUGGAAGUUUUGCCUCGAAAGCGAAAUUCGACCCCUUGUUUUAUUUUUCUCAUAAAGCCGCAACCGAAACGUCUCUUUUUCUACUCAAAUACUUGUUAUCAAGCCAGAAGAACAGCCAUGCCAUGCCAGAGGAUGACUUUUCUUUACUCAUUAUUUCUGGGUCCAGCAUCAUCAUCAGCUUCUUGUGGGAAGCAACAGCUCAUGUCUGUGCUGACGUUAUCAACAACAUUACGGAGAGUCCGUUUCCACUUAUCAGCAGUCUCUCACGCAGCGAAUUGACACAAACUAUCCAAUGCGCUAUCGAUACCGCACGAAGCUGUCUUCGAGCUGGUGACACAGCGGUGGAACCCUUGGUGUUGUUUUCCUGUUCACUAGCACAUAUAAAAUCAGUUUCAGAGGAAAAGCCUAUUGAUAAGAGCAUCAUGGAUGCAGCCAGGAGUAGUUUAUUAUUCUGUUAUAAGGUUUUAGAGUCUGGAUAUAGAGAGGAAGGGCAGGACAGUCGCCUGGACAUAUCCAUUGGUCGCCACGGGCUCGAGUUUCCCGAUUACGAUAGUGGAACUGACUUGUGGGACACUGUAGUCAAUGCGCCCAUUAUGUUAUUUGAGUGA